UGCGCCGCACUCCUGUGUUUAACAAAAGGUUUGUGCAGAUAUUUUAAGGUUUAAAUAUGUUGAAAAGGUUUAUGCUUUAAAGAUUAGAAUGUUUUAAAUGGUAACAGACAUCCAGUCUUUCUUUUUACAAGCGAUACUAAAGUAAGCAAAACGCAACAUGCAAUGCUUUAUCUAACAUACAUUUUGUAAAUCUUAAAAAAUAAGUUCACUUAUUUGAGCAUAAAGUGCACGUGAGUGGCAGAAAGCGCGUCUCAUUUCUAUCCCUGUAUCGUAAAUCUGUUAGUAAACACGACUUCAGUCACUGACGAGUCAAUUGAAUCAAAUGUUUGUCCAAAUGAUUCACUUUUGAGUCGCUCGAAUCACCGCGCGCUGACGUCACUUGAUGUUUAUAACGGUGUAAAUGAAACGAAAUCAACAAACAUGUGGAUUGACAAUCGUUUACUUACCAUAUUUAUAUGUUUAUUUAUUUGUAGAGCUGGUUGUGAGUGUUUAUUUACUCUACUCGGGUGAUUUAAGGUCAUUCCCUCAGUCUGACUCCCUCAGCAGUGCACUGAGUAGUGAACUAGAGAGCAGAUUGAGUGUGUAUUUCUUUUAUUUCUGUUCGUUGUUCUCAUUUUAAACAGGACAAAGUGUCCAAACACAGAGGAAAACUCCUGCUGAAGUGACUGAUCUCCACACUGUUAUAAAGAUGGCGUUUAUUAAAGAGGAGAGUGAAGACCUGAAGAUUGAAGACACAUUCACAAUCAAACAGGAAGAUCCUGGUCAAACAGAGCUGACGAUGCUGAAAGAAGAGACUCAAGAACUGAAUGAAAUGGAAGAGAAAGAUCAAGAUUUAAAGACCGUUGAAAAAUCCACAAAAAUAAAAAGGACUUCACCUCAUAAAAGAGAUCAGGAAACCAAAUCUACUGGUAACUUUACCUGCAGUCAGUGUGGGAAAUGUUUUGCUCAAAAACACAACCUUAGAGUCCACAUGAGUGCUCACACCAGAGAGAAGCCUCACUUGUGUCCUGAGUGUGGAAAGAGUUUCAGACGGAAGCAAUACCUUGCUGUUCACAUGAGAAUUCACACCGGAGAGAAGCCUUUCUCGUGUGAUCAGUGUGGGAAGAGUUUCAGGCAAUCGAUAAUCCUUCGACAUCACAUCAGACUUCACACUGGAGAGAAGCCUUAUGCCUGCCCUCAGUGCGGAGUGAGAUACAUCCAUAAACAAAGACUUGAAAAGCACAUGGCAGUUCACAAUGAAGACAAGCCAUUCGUUUGCCCACAAUGCGGGAAAAGUUUUACUCUAAACCUAAACCUUAAACAACACAUGAAAAUUCACACCGGAGAGAAACCUUUCGUCUGCCAACAGUGCGGAAAGAGUUUCAAUCACAAACAACAAGUUGAAGUCCACAUGAGAGUUCACACUGGAGAGAGACCUUACAUUUGCUCUCAAUGCGGGAAGAGUUUUACACAGAAAGGCAACCUUGAUCACCACAUGAGGACUCACGCCCGAGAGAGACCCUACACUUGCACAAAGUGCGGCAGAAACCUUACAAGUCAAAGCUCUCUUGAUGCUCACAUGAGGACUCACACUGAGAAGAAACCUUACGCUUGCUCUGAGUGUGGACAGAGUUUUGCAAAGAGAAGUGUCCUUAAAGUCCACAGGAGAGCACACACUGGAGAGCAGACGUACACUUGCACGCGGUGUGGUAAAAACUAUACCAGUAAAACCUACCUCAAGUCUCACAUGAGGACUCACACUGGAGAGAAGCCGUUUGUAUGUGGUCAGUGUGGAAAGAGUUUCUAUCACAGAGGCAGCCUGAGCUAUCAUAUGAAGUCCCACAGUGAAGAACAGAAGCAAAUAUCCAAAAGCAGAUGACUUCUAAAACAAUUACAGAAAGAAUAAAGUGAAGUGCAAAAGUAUAAAUCAGGGAUGACCAACCUUGCUCCUGGAGAUUUCAGCUGGAGCUUUCACCCAGAUGUUCUUGUGGUGGAAGAUGAGAAAGGACAACAACAAAGUCAUGAACAAUGAACAG